GCAGAGGGGAGGGGGAGCCGUGCGUGGCGACGUCAGAGGGGCACGCCGCUCCCGUCGCGCUGGCUUAAACCGCUUUUGUGUCUCAGUCCCGCUCGAAUGUGGCCGCGUUUGCCCGGCACUCGACACUUCUUCUCCGCCGAAUCUCCUCGCCUGCUCGCCGCUCUUCAAUGAACGGACAUAUCGCAUUCUGUGGCGUUCUUGGUGUCACAUUUAUGGAGUUUGUGAAGGCACGUGGCGACUACUGCCAGGCGCAGCACGGACUCCUUGCUGACAAGUGAACUUGUGUGGUGGAGAAACUGUACUAUUCUAUCACCAAACCCCCAUAGCCCCCAGGAGUGUACACGCGAAUCUCCGCUCUUCCGAAUUGUUUUGCGCACUUCUCCGUGUACCAGCGUGUGCAAGAGAAGACCCUCUGCAUAACCCCCUCUAUAAAUCCAGAUGGGGUAAACUGUGUUGUGGACUCUACAGUCAUUCCCUCCAGUAGAGAGCAUUGAUUGUGUUUUUUUUUUAAUAUUCAUUUAUUAUUAUUGUUAUCAUUGUCAUCGCAUAACACAAAUAAUAAUAAUUAUUAUUUAUAAAUAUUUAUUUUAAGGUAUUUUUUUCUCCUCCGUUUUUACGUCCAAGCGGAAGUUGACGAGUGGGAAAUCGUGUGGACAGUUGAGUGAAUUUUCAACAUUUGCACAACUUUUGGAGAAAAUUAAACUUAAAAGGUUGAAUAAUAUAAAAUAUAUUAAUAAUAAUUAAAAGUAAUAAUUACAGAGCACAAGUGCAAAUAGCAACCUGAUAAUCGUCAUUGCUGCUAAUUGUAACUUCAAGUUGCCUCAAAGUGAAUCCGCUGGAAGAAAUGGCGCGAAUGAAUCGUCCAGCGGCCGUGGAAGUUACCUACAAGCACAUGCGCUUCCUCAUCACCCAUAAUCCGACCAAUGUCACCCUCAACAAGUUCAUCGAAGAACUUAAGAAAUAUAAUGUGACCACUGUGGUGAGAGUUUGUGAAGUGACCUAUGACAAGAGCCCUGUGGAACAGCAAGGCAUCAGUGUCUUUGACUGGUCUUUUGAUGAUGGGGCACCACCAUCUAACAAGAUUGUUGAUGAUUGGCUGAACCUGUGCAAGACCAAGUUCCGUGACGAGCCUGACUGUUGCAUUGGUGUUCACUGCGUUGCUGGCCUUGGGAGGGCUCCUGUGCUCGUGGCCCUUGCCCUCAUCGAGAGUGGGAUGAAGUAUGAGGAUGCGGUGCAGUUCAUCAGACAGAAACGCCGCGGAGCCAUUAACAGCAAGCAGCUGCUCUAUCUGGAGAAGUACCGGCCCAAGAUGAAACUGCGAUUCAAGGAAACAAAUGGCCACAAGAACAACUGCUGCAUCCAGUAAAAACGAAGCCUCUUAGCCGAGGGACCUGUUUUGGAUGAGGAGAAACAAAUUCCGUGCAUCUUUGCUCAGGGACAGGUUAACUUGGACUGCUCAAUGCCGAAGUUUCCAACACACACUCUGGUUGUUAUGGAGGCUGAGAAUGGGAAGGCGUAUUUUCCAUCUCGUUCUCCCAGUGGCUUCGCUCGGGGGUUGUUAGUGGUGGCUUAAGCUCACCGUCAAAUGGCCUUUUCUUUUUUCUUCCACCCCCAAUCGAUGUCGGUGGUCCGUUUUACUUGUGGGUUUGCAAGUUGAUAAUUAAAUUCUAACUGAAUACCAAACAGUCCUCCGAAUGCGAUUUAAGCCAAUUGCUUGGUAUAUCCCACGUAAUUAUUUGCUUAAAUGUCUACAUAAUUAACUUGACAUUCAGAUUUUGAUACCUCAUUCCACAGCAAAUGAAGCCCUUGCUGUUAACCUGUCCCUUGAGUGCAAUUGACCUGAUUUGUUUUACACGUAGACUGUCCAGCUGAAGAAAUCCUGUUAUAAAUAUUGAUUUCGUCGCCAUAAUUGUAUUUGUUUAGAUAUCACCAAUGAAUGCGUUUUUCGGUCUCCAUAGCGGUGUGCUUGGCCCGUCCGGGAUUGUGGCCAAUAGCAAUUUACGCUCUAAAUUAUAGGCAUGCUGCAGACACUGAUGGCUAGUUAUGGAGAUUCUAUAGCCCCGCUCCAAAAUGUUCCAGGGUAUUUUCAGCUGGGAAAUCCAAGGGGAGUUUUCAUUUCCACAGUUUAUUGCAAACGAAAUCAAAGCUGUAGACUUGAAAGCACAUUGUUUCAGUAAAUUUUUUAUUGCCUUAAACCUCCUUUGCUCUUCGCCUGUGAAUAAACAUAAGCAGAUGUGGGGAACGAAAUAUAACUCCCAUGGCUGAGACAUGGGGGUCUGUGAUUCAAAAAUGCACAUUUAAAGCUAUGCUAACCAUUUACUUGCAUUAAUUUAUUUAACGUUACCUUAAUUAAUCAGAGUGGUUAUAUAUAUUGGCUUUUAAAUGUGCAUCAAAGCAAAAACUAUUAGUUAAUUUGAGGCUAUAUGUAGCUUAUGCCAUCUAGCUUUGAUAAUACAGUGGUUUCUGCCAUUGUAGCUUAAAGCUUUUCUUUAUGGCAUGCAAGUGUGUGCUGAGAGUCCAUUAUGGUCUGAUUUACGGUUUAAAAUGUCAAGCGUGGGUCUUUGUCGAUUGCUUGCGUUGCAUAAGACCAUGUGACUGGUAGAGAUAGGAAAUGCACACGUCACACGCUCAGAGGGAAUGGUGCAUUUCUGUCUGCUGAAAGAAAGGUUUUAUUUUGGUCGUAGUUCAUAGUGCCAUUGUUUCGUCUUAGUAUGGUUGUGUCAAUGAUUUUUGCAGUAAUGAUUUUGGACAUGAAACAAACGGCCUUAGAUACUAAGCAAAACCUUGGCCACUGCAAUCUCUACAAUUAUAACUAUAAACGACAAAUAUGGCCUCUGUUACUUCAGCCAAGUGUAGAAACUGGUUUAUAGCAGUGCGUAUGAAGCGGGAAUGUUCGAUUUAAUUUUAUGCAUGGAACAUAUGAGUACUGAACAGUUAUGAAACUAAGUGCAGAAGAUCAUAUUUAAAUACGAACAAUAUCGGAGAGAAUAACAUUUUAUAUGACCAUUAAUACACAAGGGGAUUCAUUUUUUUACCGAUUUUUAAAUUUACAAAAUGAUGCGAAACAUUUUUCUGCUGCGUUGCCAGUGGUGCACAAAGCAUCAAUAACUAACAAUAAAAAGACAACACUUUCGUUCAUAGCACUGCCUUUAAGGGGAAAAUAUAUAGCGGGCAAUGUUUCAGGCAGUGGGUCUUCUCAUAUGCUCUGAAGGGCCAUUGCCUGAAAUGUGACCUAUGUUAUACAUAUAUCCUCCCGAAACAGUGCUAUUGAUGAAUUUGUUGUAGUGUUAUGAUGCUAAAGUAUAUUUUUGGGCAAAAACUACAUCUCUGGCAGUUCAAACACUGAAGAUGUUUAAACUUUUUUCCCACCACCAAAUAACUUAUUUUUGGAUUAUAAGUAAUGUUUUUAUUUAAGAUACCAGCAUGAUAAAUCUAGGCCGCUUAAGUUCAGUUUUAGCCUUUUUGUAUGUUGAUGCGGGAAACGGAUGCAAAUGUAUUGCUUCCUCUUGUCUGCCGCCUCAACCCAUGUAAGAGUACGGACCGGUUAUCAGCAAGCGUACAGCUUUAAUGUAACUAUGCGGCGAAAAAGCCAGCCGUUUGGGGCUGUACCCGGUUCUGAUAUAUUCAGAAUUUGGUUUUUGAACUUUUUAUUUCCUGUUGUCAACAGCGUUGAAGUGUCAGUCAAACAAUAAUUGAUUUGUGUAUACGGAUUACUCAUUGUCAUCAGUCGUGUGCAGGUAAUCCCUUAUUUGGUAUAAUUACACAUUUGAUUGCUUGAAUACUUAAUGCAACGUAUUCAUCUAAUUAGAUCUAUUUGACUAAGGAAGCAAAAUCACAAAGCCCUAGGCUUUGUUGUAUGGUAUGUUUACAUUUGAUGUCAGUCAUUGCUUAAAACCAAGCUGCUGACACAAUCAUUUCCUCGAUAUUGAAUUUUAAGCCCUUUUUCAAAUGCUUUACAAUGAAAGCAAUCAAGAGUAAGUAAUCCACUGGUGCAUGUUGAGCGAAUUAUUUGCACCGCUGAAAAUUGAGUGAUAGGGGAUUACCCGCUUGGGUUCGGGUUAACACGAAGCCGACGCCUUUAUUAAUCUAAGUACAGUAACAUUUACUUGUGAGUGACCCUUCAACACUGGCUGUCAACAGAUUGUACUUUUGUUUGUGGCCACUUAGCAUGCGUUUAAGAAAUGUCUAUCGCUGAACACACGAGGUACUUGCCCCCAUUUUUAAUAAACAACAGUUGCUGUGAUCACGAUGCCGUGAGCACUCUUGUGCAAGUUGAAACCUGGAUAUGGUACUGCAGACCAAUUUCAGCAACCCCCACAGACAAUCGUCUUGAGGUGGCAAAGCCUUAUUAAUUAAUGUUACUGCGCUGUGAGGUAGCGUUUUGAGUACCGUAGCAGUAAUACAGUGGGUAGGUGUGGUUCCGUUUUUUCGUCAUUGUGUAUUCCUAAGCAAAAAGGGUUGUUUAAUGUCUGAAAUGGUUGUGCACCUGAAUUUAAUAAGGGGAUCAUGGUUUAAAGUAACUUAGUGUAUGCCUGCUUUAUAACAAAUUGUUUUGUAACUAGACUAUUACUUUGACGUUUUGAUGCAACAGUGUUUCUGUAUUUUAUUACGUAUUUUUGGUAAUAAGUAAAUAAUACAAGUGUACCUUCUUUGUCAUUGCAGGUAAAAAAAAAUAUUUUGUACAAGAACUUAAUAACUUUUAGGCAGUGCUUUUCUAAUCAGCCAAACUUUUUUUGCCGACAGACCUGCAGCCUUACACUGUUUAGAAACCAAAAUGUUUUUGAGUGAAAAUGAACUGGGAAAGGUUUUGAGCGGCACAUACGUCCAGUUCCGUCUACAUUCGAACGACAUUGUUUAGUGCAACUCUGGUCUGUGUCCUUAAAGUUGUCGGCUUUUCCCAUUUAAGAACAAUGUGAGUGGCAACUGCGCUAUCUGAAUAAGUGUCAGAAUUCAUCUGUAACAGGUAAACAAGCCUGUGAAAUACAAUAAAUGUUUUAAAUAUCAAUUCACAAAGAUGUGCAUGUGCUUAAAAACUUUCAAGAAAUUAUAUUAAUAUACAUCUCAACUAGUUUUUGUUGUGGUAACGUAUUGUGUUAUGGUUAUUAGUCCAAGUUGCUGAUCUGCUGUCAUCUGCAUUGUCCUUUCACAUUUAAUGUUGGCACUUUGCGUGUAUGCAAGUGCAAAGUACAUUUUUGUUGAGCGAAAGGUCACAAGAGUGCAGUUUUAGCACAGGCAUGCCAGGGUCAUGUUCGCAUGUGCUACCUUGAACUAUGCUGCCACAUUCUUUUAGUGUCCAGUCUAUUCCAGAGUAUGGAUGCAUGCGGGUUUGGUUGUUCAGAGCCCCUGACUUGCAUUGCAUCCAAUAGCUACUAUGCUUGCUUUGUUUUAAAUCACAUUCUGGGGUUAAUGCCACUGAAAGAAUGUGGUCAUACGAUGUUCCACUUGUUCUGCUACUGUCAGGAAACAUGGAGAAUAUAAAUUUAUUUUGUGGUUAUGCAUAUUUAGUAUGGUGUGUGAAUAUACGCCAUAUGUAAACAUGCCGGUUCACGUAGAAUUAUAUUUUUUUGCAACUGGGUAUCAUUUGUUGUUAAUAUCCCAGUUCAUUUUCCGUUUCCCCGGGAUCCAAAUGCAUUAAUAAUAGCUGUUCCGUUUCAUUUCUGACCAGUUUGUAAAUUACAAGAACACGUUCAACUGCCACAAGUGGUGGGUAUUUUGGUCUUUUUUUUAAGGAAGUGCUUUUGCUUGCCACAACAAUUACAAAUAAUUGUGUAUCCAUUUAGUUAAAAAAACAAAACUUAAUUAGUGCAUAUAAAAUAAAUUGUGACAUGUACUGUAAUUUUAGGAAAGAUUUACACAUUGAAGCCAAUCUUUAAAUAACUCAAUUAAAAUUGAUAUAAUGUCCUGUAACAGAAUCGUGGAAGAAUUUGUAAAGCAAAUAUUGCAUCUGGAAAAUAAACAAUGAAAACAUUGAA